ACUCCCUUCCUGGAGCUCAGUGGGGGCUCAGCAAGAGACACAACCGGGAACUAUGUCUUUUCUACACUGCUGUGAGCUGGACAGAAAGAGAAAGCUUUCCUCCGUCAACUUUUCUGCCUGUCUUGGUACUGUAUAUGGUGCGAGAACAACUGCACGUAGCAGCCUUCAGUGAGGGACUUUGGACUUCUGCUCAAGCUUUCCCGAAGGAAUACACAGUAUUUCAGGCUGCAGGAAGAUGUUCUGGCGAAAACAUGUUAGAAUUCUUUUCACUGUGACUCUGAUUUGGCAGGCCAUUCAUUUAGGAAAAGGCCGUGAAAAAGAACAUGAAAAAGAUGUGAAAAAUUUCAACGACACAGCGCAAAAGCAAUCGCCUAAGAAUUCAGUGACAAUUAUAGAUGCUUUCAGUGACAUGAAUCAGAGUUACCAAAGCAGAAAGCAACAGAAUUCCAGAGAAUUUGUACCUUUCACCGGGAUUACAGAGAGUAAAAAUCUGAACAGAAACUGCUGCCAAAACGGGGGCACCUGCAUCCUAGGGGCUUUCUGUGCAUGCCCAAAGCAUUUUAGUGGCCGACACUGUGAACUAAGAAAGUGCGGCAGCAUCAUCCAUGGCGACUGGGUGAUGAAGGGCUGCUGGCUGUGUCGGUGUCUCUAUGGCACUCUGAAGUGUCUCUCUCAAAACACACAAGACGGCUGUGAUUUAUGCACCUAGUUCCCAUUUAGACGAUCUUUAUCAACAAAGAAAUGUAGCAGACACGUUCAAGGGGAACCCAUACAAAGGUAAGCCAAAAUUGACUGCAGAAUCACUGCUUCAAUGCUAACAGUCAUUACUUAGAAAGACUGCAGUUCUAUCUCCAAAAGAGGACAGCAAGCUAGGAUGCGAAGACAAACAGAAAGAACUAAAUGUCAAUGGAUCUGCUCCCAUCAUCAUAUAAAAGCAGUAGGACACCUCACAGGGACAAUAAGAAACAUGUAAUAAUAUAUAUUUGGACUUAGUGAUAUCUCGUCUUCACCUUGAAAAGGGUAUAUAUAUCUGUAGAAGCUUCAGGGGAAAAAUAUGUAGGAAGCACUUAACGUAAAAAUUUACGCAACAGUGAAAACUGCAGCAAGUUCUCUCCACUGUGAACAUAAAAUUUAGAAGAAAUUUGAUCCUUCCAGCAAAUCAUGUGGGAAUAUACUUGUUCACCAGGAGACAAAGAUGCUAUUUGAUACAGCUGUUAAAGAAAGUGUUUUUGCAGAGAGUCUGCUUGAUAAAAGCCUACAGAGUCAAUGGGCUGGCACUGCUUUGUGAAUGUUUGCUUGUACAUAUACGUGUCUGUGGAUAAAAGGGAUUCUGCAGCAGGUUUUGAUGCAGUAAUUAUUGAAGUACAACCAGUGAAGAAAGAGAAAGCCCGAAGAAGAUGGAUAAGAUGACAUAUAAUUACCAGUCUGUUUGCUGACUCAUUGCAAAUCAUAACAGUAAAAGACACAAACCUGAAUCACAAGCAACAUCACUGUGUUAAAGUAUGAUUAUAUCAGUAGAAUGCUUGUGAACCCUGACCAAGAUUGAAAAUUUGCUGUGCUAGGCACUGCACAAGCACAUAAGAAUGAAAUGCCCUAAGCAGCUGACAAAACCUAAUGAAUUAUUUUCUUACUGUUAAUAAAGUGCCUAUCACCACAGAGCUCCAAACUACAAAGUAAAAUCCUGAGUGUGCAUGUGCCCCUUCUUCUUUCGUGUUUCUAUCAUCCCUGUUGAUUUUGCUGCUUUUUUUUCCAUCUUCUCCAUGCUGUUCCUAGACCCCAACACUGGUAAAUGCAUAAUUCACCAGAAGAUGGCAUCAUUAGAAGUUAAUAAUAAGAAUUCUCAACUUUGCAGUCAGAUACAAGUGUGACAUUGAAUAUAACACUAAUGAAUGUCUUCCUGAGCCUCACAGUACUAAUAAAACCUAAUAUAUUGAAAGUAAAUCAGAGCAAGUAUUUGAAUGCAAGCUAUUUUUUUCUUUUUUUCUUUUUCUUUUUUUCUUCUUUAUUUUUAAUUCAGGCUUCAAAAGAGAAAGAUACUGUUAUCUAUUUCUUUGGCUAAAGCCUUACAGCACCCUGUAUUUAUUAAGGCUGUGUAUACUGUCAACAUGUAGCAAAUGCUGUUCAUGUGUUUAGUGUAGAAACAAUGAGAGAUAGUUUUUCUUAGGCAAUUAAGAGAAAGAAAAUUUUGGCCAGUAAGAGGAAAAUACAAUUAGAUAAAGAACUAAAUUUAUGGGCACUAAUGCAGUAUUUUUACAAGCAGUUUUCUUAUGGCCAUUCCACUCAUGUAUUAAAAUCAAACUUGCAGAGAACAAAUAAGUAUAAUUUGACCUACUGCAGGGAGAAGGAGUGAUUCUUGUACCAUUGUGCAAAGCCUUACAGAAAGCAAAAUAACUACCUUUAAUCUUAUUGUUAUAUCAAAGGGAUUCAGGAACCCACUUGCUGGUUAAGUGUAUGAGGAAGACAAAUUACACCAGCCCUGCAUGCAUGGAUUCUGAGGUGCUGAAUACAAAUUUUAAAGGAGUUUUAUCAGAUAGGCAGAUGAAAAGAAUUAACAGAGACCUGUUACUUUUCAAGAGUAUGUGUUUUGCCUGGCUGCUAGCAACUAAAGUUUGUCAGAGUGCCAAGAUACACAUAUUAAAAAGACUUGAAAAUAUUUGUUUUCAAAUAUCAUUAUUUGGUAUAGAUUUUCAGAUUCUGAAACAUUUUAUAUAAUGAAGAUAGAAAACAGAUAUCUUGAUAAUAUCAUUUAGGCACACUAUAAAUAAGUACAUGAUGAUAGAUUAAUUAAAAUAUUCAGCCUUACAGAUCGAUGCUAAAGAGAAAAAUGUGCAAGUGCAUGGAAUAACAUUCCCAAGAGACAAAUUAAGCAUCUGCA